AUGGCAAAAGAAGACUCAGUCAUUGUCUCGAAUGAGAGCGCAAAUUAUUCGGAUGAGAGCCUAGAGCUGGCGGACGCUCCAAACCCCUUUUUAGAUCCUGCCGUCGAGCGCAAGUUCAGACAGAUCUACGAGGAGAGCCAGUACGAGUGCCGUCACCGGCUGGAUCCGGAGUUUACGUGGACGAAGAAAGAGGAGCGCAAAGUUUUAUGGAAGCUCGAAUACCGCGUCACCUUCCUCGCGUGCUUUAUGUUUGCUGCCUUGCAGGUCGACAGAGGUAAUCUGGCCCAGGCUGUGUCGGACAACAUGCUGGACGACCUCAACCUCACAACGAACCAAUACAACACCGGUAACACCAUUUUCUACGUGUGUUUCCUGGCUAUGGAGCUGCCAUCGCAGCUGGUCUCCAAGAGACUGGGAGCAGACGUCUGGAUUCCUCUCCAGAUGUGCGCUUGGUCCAUCGUUACUAUCUGCCAGUUCUGGCUUAAGGACAAGCACAGUUUCUACGCCUGUCGUGCUCUUCUGGGAAUUUUCGAGGGAGGAUUCAUUCCAGACCUGGUCCUGUGGAUGUCGUAUUUUUUCACGGCCAGUGAGCUUUCUAUUAGACUGAGUUUGUUCUGGACCAGUUUGUCGCUGUCGCAGAUUAUAUCCGCUUUCGAGGCCUACGGGCUGCUGCACUUGCGUGGCCACGCCGGAAAGGGAGGCUGGGCCUGGCUUUUCUUGGUGGAAGGCCUGUCGACGCUCGCCAUCGGAAUUGUUUCGUGGUUCCUGAUGGUUCCCAGUGCCGUGCAGACGAAAAAGCCGUGGAACAAAAAAGGAUGGUUCACCGAGAGAGAGGAGAAGAUCGUCGUGAACAGGAUCCUCAGAGACGACCCCACCAAGGGCGACAUGCACAACCGUCAAGGACUCACGCUCAAGAUGAUCUGGACCGCUCUGAUGGACUACAACCUGUGGCCGAUCUACUUCAUUGGUCUGAUCGCGUACAUUCCCUACAACACUGUCACCGCGUACCUGACUCUGGUUCUGAAGAGCUCUGGCUUCGGCACCUUCGACGUCAACCUGCUCACAAUUCCGUCCAACGUGCUGCACAUCAUUUUUCUGCUGCUGAUCACGUGGUUUUCCGAGAAAAUCAACGAGAGACUGCUACUUUCGCUUUGCAACCCGAUCUAUUCGCUUCCGUUGCUCGGCGUUCUGCGGUGGUGGAACGGCUCGCUGGACAACAAAUGGGGCACUUUUGCCGUCACAACGUUGCUCCUCGGUGUGCCUUACAUUCAUGCAAUGAUGGUGUCGUUAUGCUCGCGGAACUCGCAGUCGAUCAAGACCAGAACCGUCUCUGCGUCGCUGUACAAUAUGUUUGUGCAGGCGGGAUCCAUUGUGUCUUCCAACAUCUACAGGACCGCAGAUAAACCAUACUACCACGCGGGCAACAUGGCGCUGUUCUGGCUCUCGUUCCUGAUGAUCCCAACCCUGCUGCUGUCAAAGCUGUACUAUGUGUACCAGAACAGGAGGAGGGACAGGAUUUGGGAGGCGAUGUCCGAAAAAGAAAGAGAGGACUACAUUCUCAACUCGCAGGAUGAGGGUUCGGCAAGAUUAACGUUCCGGUUUGCCCAUUGA